CCAAGGUUUCGUGCGGUGAGGCCUGCGGGCCGACAGGGCUUUGCUUGCAAACGCUCCCUGGACGCCGCCAGACACCUCUUUGGGCUCCAACAGCCAGCCAGGAGCUUCUCUGGGGCUCCAGCUCCAUGGAUGUCUCUGCUGGUUCCUCCUUUUCCCAUCCAGGCCGAGCGCCUGGGCUGAGCAGACGGACUCCUCUCCUCCUGACCACGGGCCUCUUCUCGGAGAUGGUUUGAAUGUGGUUCAUCUCGCUCGCGUCUGGAGACGGCAGAAAGCAGGAGCAGCUGCUGCAGCAGCCAUGAAGAAGAUGUUCUCCUGUUCCAGCAAUCAAGUGGCGGUGAGUUCCGAGCACUGCUCAGUUAUUACCGGUAACCUCCGUUUCCGAUAGCUUGCAAGUGGCUCUCAUUUUGGAAAUAAAAGUUUGUGUGGAAUAGGCAGGGGGCAAAACAAAGAGUACUCCUGAGCAUGAGCAGAGUGUGUUUCCUUUGAGACUAUCAUAGAACAAACACCCACCCCGCAUGCACAUGUGGUUCAGCAACAAGACGUAAGGAAAAUGGCCAUGUGUCCAACUUGCCCUCCAUUUCAAUGAAUCCUCCAUUUGAAGGUCUGUCCAGGCCAAGUCUGGCUUGAAGAACCUUAGAAAAGAAGAGCAGGUAGUUGUGGUGCUUGUUAGCAGCACCUGGAGAACAGCAGCCUGAGUAGGCAAGCAUACAGAUCACUGAGUGCAGCCUUUCCCACUAUAUACAUUUAUAACCCAUCUCUCCUUCAAGGAGUUCAAGGUGGUGUACAUAGUUAUUUUCUUCCCCAUGUAAUCCUCACAACAACCCUGUGAGGUCGGUUAGGCUGAGAGUGUGUGACUGGCCCAAGGUCACCCAGUGAGCUUCAUGGCCAAAUAGGAAUUUGAACCCUGGUCUCCCAGAUCAUAGUCCAACACCCUAUCCACUAAACCACACUGCUACUAUGGGGAGAAGUAUUGCAUUUCUUUUAAUUAUCUCUAUAUUUAUAUUUAUAUAGUUAUUAUCUAUAUCUGCAUCGCUAUGCAUACAAAUUAACCUAUUUGAAUGUUAUGCCAAAUGGCAGCUUCUCUUGACCUCUUUUUGCAGCAGGGGCCUAAGCUGCCGCCACCCUAGCUAUAAGUUUCACCAACCCAGAGGCUAGUUUCUGUGGGGCAGCGUUUGCCGAUAGGCGAGUGAGGACAAUGCAAGCCUUUGGAUGAACCAGUGGGAGACUGUGGGGUUAAUUGACUGACUUAAUGAAACUCAAUAGUUUGAAUUGGGUUUUGAGUAAAAGCACAACUAACUGCUACUGUUUUGAAUUUUAUUGUGUUAUUAUCUUAGUGGGACACGGGUGGCACUGUAGGUUAAACCACAGAGCCUAGGACCUGCCGAUCGAAAAGUCGGCGGUUCGAAUCCCCACGGCGGGGUGAGCUCCUGUCGUUCGGUCCCAGCUCCUGCCCACCUAGCAGUUCGAAAGCACCCCUAAGUGCAAGUAGAUAAAUAGGGACCGCUUUCUAGCGGGAAGGUAAACGGCGUUUCCGUGUGCGGUGCUGGUGCUGGCUCGCCAGAUGCAGCUUUGUCACGCUGGCCACGUGACCCGGAAGUGUCUUCGGACGGCGCCGCUCCCGGCCUCUUGAGCGAGAUGAGCGCGCAACCCUAGAGUCGGUCACGACUGGCCCUGAUGGGCAGGGGUACCUUUACCUUUUUAUCUUCCUUAGUGGGUCGUGCAGAUAAUGCUUUUGAUAGGGUAGGGUGGUAGGCAUUGGAGAUGAGUUUAUGGAACAAAGGGGUCCCCUGCCCCCCCAAAAGGUUUGAUCUAGAAGGUCCAGAUUGAGUAAGCCACCAGCCCCUGCCCUCUUUCCAAGUCUAGAAUAAUGACAGAAUCAUGCAGAGAUGGGAAGAUAAAGGAUCAAGGUGCAAGUCUGUCUGAGCCUGGGAUUGGGGAGGCAGCGUGCAAGAUUCAGCCUGGCAGGACCCGGCUGCCAACUGUAGCACAGACACUCUGGGAGGGUCUGCUCUCCUCAGCUCCCCUCUCCCAAUUAACCUCCAUCUCCAAGGCUCAGCGAUGGAAGGGAGUGCGGAGGGAGGAAAAGAGCUGGGCUGGGCCCUGCAAUUCAGGGUCUAGGAUGCUCCUGACCUGACAGCUCUAGACACGAGUUGCGUUUGUAAACAAGUUUCUCCCGCUGAGGCACCAGUGUCCUUCAGGACAAACCAGUGGCAGCCUCUCUCAAAAACUACUUGGCCAGUCUCCUUUUAUUGUUUCCAGGGAUAUCAGCAGAGGACAGGGGCGUCUGGUUUGCAGAGCCAAUAACUCCUGGCUGCAUAAACAGGCCAUGCAUUUAAUAAUAUAACGACGUGCAACGUGUGGGUGGCUGUUUCCAAUAAAGCACAGUGUCACACUUUUCUUGUUCAUUUAAAAAGAGGCUCCAUUCAGGUUGCCAACGUUUUAAUCAAUUCCUGUUCCUUAAAGGGCCACUUGGUCUGAUGAUGAUAUUACUAUAAUAAUAGGUAAUUGUGUCUGUCUCCAUGCGACAAAUAAUAAUAAAAAAACUUUACUGGGUGGUUUAUCCUGAUUAAGUUGCGCUUGUACCUUUAAGAGCAAGCAUGUCUGCUUUUGUAGUUCUUCCUGGUCAGUUGGCAACCUUACUUCACAGAGGCCUGAGGUAUCUUUCAGGCAAACCAUUGCUGUGCGGAACAUUGGGGAUAUAUGACGGCAUGUCAUUUCCCCAGAUUCCUAGGAGCAGGCUGGAGAUAGGUGAUACAUGAAAGGCACUCUGCUCGUGAUCAGAGGCACUGUUCUUCAUUCCACAGGAUCUUGAUCUGAGUCCUUGUGCCAGUGUGGUGUUGUGGUUAGAGCGUCAGACUAGGAUCUGAGAGACCAGGGUUGAAAACCUCACUUGGCCAUGGAGCUCGCUCCAUGUAUGAGCCAGUCAUACUUUCUCCCAGCCUAACCCACCUCACAGGGUUGUGGUGGGGAAUAAAUAAGAAGGGGCAGAACCAGCUAAGCUACCUUGAGCUCCUUCGAGGGAGAAAAGGUAGCUUAUAAAUGCAAUCAAUCAAUCAAUCAAUCAAUCAAUCAAUAACAAGUCCCAGCUCAGAUGGGGCCACGAUGGGAAGGCUGACACACACACACUCAGCUCAAAGCAAAGCAUGACCAACUGGAAGUCUCAGCAUGAAUUCCUUUCUUGACAUGAGGCUUUGCUCAGUCUUGCUCCAUCCUGCCUUUGGGGUGUAUCCACUCCUGGGGACGACUUGCGUUUAGCAUGAAGUUGGCCCUGAGCAAAGUGACUUCGAGGCCUGACAAACAGGCCUGGUCAUGGCAGCUUAUCUCCUGCUCUGACGUCAGCUCUCGUUCUUUGCAUGGGGAGACAAAAUAAAAUCGGGUGAUCAUCAGCCCUGCGAAGGCACAUUCCUUCACUUUUUGACAUCUGCACAUCUUACCAAAAUUUUAUUAUUGAAACCAAGGGACCUGUCCAGUGACUUAGACAGCAGAGACUGAGGGGUUCAAGAAGACCACCAAGUCUUCUCUCAGAACAUCUUUAUCCUGGAUCCCAAAUGGGCACCAACUGCUUGUGUUUUUUGGUCACGACGGAGAGCUCUCUACACAUGCUCAGGAAUCCUUUGGUUGCCCAAAUUGCAUUUCCUGCCUAUGGCUCCUUAAAUUUACUAUAUCCGCUGUGCAUUUUUUUUAAGAACUGGAAGAGCGGUUAUGAAAUGUCGGUGCAUGCUAACAUUUCUCUAGAGGAAAAUAUCUUAUAAUUUCACCCUGAAUAGCGGUGGCCUGGUUCGAAAGAGGACCCGGCUCAUGUGCCUUUAAGAGAGCUGGGGAGAAGGCAGAAUUUAAGCCAGUUCGGAUUCUCUGUCUGCCCCACAGCUGCCUGAAAUGACAAGCAACCCCAGUCUAAAACCUUCUCUUCUCCAGAAGGUACAUCACCCUAGCCUUUCUCUGUAUCUGCCUUAUGCUCGCCAAUGCAUUUUUUUGUUCUUGCAAGGCUCCCAUACCUUAAACAGCUGUGUUUACAGGCAAAAAUUCAGCAGGUGGGUAUUUCUGUGGGGAUGCAAAACAGCUGGGAUAAGUUCUCAGGAACCUUGCAGCUUAACAAGAGCAGUUGUGGUGCAAUGGUUAGAGUACUGGGAGACUUGGGUUCAAGUCCUACUCAGCCACAAAACUUUACUAGGUGACUUUGGGCUAGCUGCUUUCUCUCAGCUUCGCAGGGUUGUUGUGAAGACAAAAGCAGGGGGAGCUCUGCAUGCUAUCCUGAUUCCCCUGGAGCAGUGGUGGCCAAACUCAGCCCUCCAGAUGUUUUGGGACUGCAACUCCCAUCAUCCCUAGUUAACAGAACCAGUGGUCAGGGAUGAUGGGAAUUGUAGUUCCAAAACAUCUGGAGGGCCGAGUUUGGCCACCACUGCCCUGGAGGAAAUGGCAGGUUGAAAGCAAAUGCACAGGAGCUAUAGUAGAUAAAAUGACUUAGAAAUUGAGGGUUGUUGUUUUUUACAAGCACUAGAGCCCUUCAAGCACUUUUUAUAUGGUUUGGCAUUCUUUAAUUAUAUAUGCAACAGAGCCAGCAUUUUCAAGGCAACCCUCACUACAAAGCUGGAAGUAGACAUGAUCAAAAUCAGAUAGCCCUGAUAUUCUUUACUUUGCUAUUUUAUUCAUUCUAAUUCAUCAUUCUAGGGGCCUGUUGUAUGCUUUUGUUUUUCCUCUUUUAAUUUUCACCUGUUCUUAUAACUCUUCUCCCUGUUUUAUAUUCUUAAUAAAAUGAAAUUAAAACUUUACAAAAAAGAGAGAGAGAGAGAGAAAGCAAAUCUAUUAAUAGUCAUAAUUGUCCAACGAAAGCAGGCUUCCCCCUUGCCUUUCUGGGAAUGGAGAGAACUGAGAGUGAAAGGUCCCAGCUGUAUCUUGUAGGAGGACUGUGUUUUCCCAGCGCAAUUAGAACUUAAGCAACAGCGGGGUGUGUGGCCCUUGUGAAAUGUUGCCCUCCGCAAACUCUGGGCGUGUUGCUCCGUCAGCAACGGCAUUCAGAACCGGAUUGUCUCCAAGCACAUUCUUUGCCCAUCUUCACGGAGCUGCUGAAACAGAUCUGCUUAAAAUAAAAAUCCCCAGACUGAAGGGACAAGUGAACCUUUUAACCAAAAGCAUGACACCCCGCAACCCCAAAAGAAAGCCUUAAUUUUUUUUCUUUGGCUUGACUUCCUGCCUGGGCAGCUGCAGGGCUUUGCCUUUUAUAUAUGUGGAUUUUCCUUCAUUGGAGAACGGCGUUCUGUCCGGGAUUCUUUAGCUGUGAUUCCUGCAUUGCAGGGGGUUAGACUAGAUGGCCCUCGGGGUCCCUGCCAACUUUGCAAUUCAGUUAUCUUUGGCAGUAUGCGAAGGGGCUCUAUCCUGAAUCUCCCUCUCUUCUAUCUUUAGGGAUGUGUGUGUGUCAUUGAACCCCUUUUAAGUUUUGCCAGACUGGAGCCCUGUUUUCCUUGGAAAGAAAUGAGCUAGAGGCUGUCUGCGAAUGCCUAGAUCUCUAUAUCCAUCUCAACAAAGGCUAUCUUUGCACUGCUGCCUGAAUCCCUGUUGCCUCCUGUACAGCUGCAUGCCACCUUUUUUUUUAUUUGAGUCCUGCGCUUUCCCAAGGCAACUUAUUCCAGGGCAAUUAACUACAGUAUAUAUUUUCUGGGAAAUUUGCCAAGCCGCUUGGAGGCAGUGUGUGAUGUUGCAAAAAGAAUGGCUGUCAUGGGAGAAAAGAGAAUGGCCGUCGGCCACCUGUCCUGUGUGGGAUGGAGCCAGGCGAUGAAAUAAAAAUAAAAUUUUCCACAUUCCGCAUUCCAGCUUUGAGGCUCUUUCCUCUUUUAUUACUGGCUUGAAUGGUGGUUACUAAGCAACGUGGAGUCCACGGCUCUCCCUAGAUCUUCCUCUAGAUCAGAAGGGAUCUCCUGUCUUCCCUGAUUACUAGAAUUUUUUGGAGGGUAUUCUUCCUGACAGCAACAACAACAAUCUAUCACUGCAUGAUAUACCUUAUGCCAUAGCUGUCAACUUUUCCCUUUUCUUGCAAGGAAUCCUAUUCGGAAUAAGGGAAUUUCCCUUAAAAAGGGGGAAACGUUGACAGCUAUGCCUUAUGCCUUUAAUGUAGCCAUUCCCAUUCAUUUUACUUAAACACAGAAUUGUAGAGUUGGAAGGGAUCCCCAAAGGUCACCAAACUAGAUCCUUCCCUUCAAUGCAGGAAUGACAGCUAUACAGUGGUACCUCGGGUUAAGAACUUAAUUCAUUCUGGAGGUCCGUUCUUAACCUGAAACCAUUCUUAACCUGAAGCACCACUUUAGCUAAUGGGGCUAGCUGCUGCCGCCACACAGUUUCUGUUCUCAUCCUGAAGCAAAGUUCUUAACCCGAGGUAAUAUUUCUGGGUUAGCAGAGUCUGUAAGCUGAAGCGUCUGUAACCUGAAGCGUCUGUAACCCAAGGUAUAAUUUAUACCUUGGGCUCAUCAAAUUGAUGAGCUGUGGUUCCUGUAUUGCGGUGGGUUGGACUAGAUGAUCCUUGGGGUCCCUACAGUUCUAUGACUCGAUUCCAGGCCUGCAGAAUGGCCAACAUCCGUGCUCACUUUCACCCUUGCUCAUUUCAGGGGAGCAGGUCUCUCUUCUGGCACAGAACAGCUCCAUGGUAAGUCUCUGACACUAAAUGGCCGUUUCCUUAUCUCAUGACAACCAGGUAGAGAGCUGGAACAAGCAUGACCAGAAGCUUUUUGACGCUGUCGAGAAAGGCGACGUGGGGCGAGUAUCUGUCCUUGCUUCCAAGAAGACAGCCAAAGCCACCAAACUGAAUGCCCUGGGGCAAUCUGCGUACGUAAGUUUUCCCUGCCCCAUAAUCCCUCUUGUUCGCAGGCUUUGCAAAGGACAAGGCGGUCUCUUGGGUAGGGUUGCUGGGUGAGGAGCAUCCCAGACCCUGAGAUUUCAGGGCCCAAACUUGGAGACCUAGGGGCAGCCCCUGGUGAUGUCACAAGGCAUACAGCCCUGUCGAUUCUUCCCCUGUGCUCCCACCUACCACUGAGCCCUGGAGACGGAGGUUAAUUGGGAGGGGGGAGGAGGAGGGGUGGAAGGAAGUGACCUGGAGGGGAAAUUAGGUGGCUGGCCUUCUGCAGCAUUUACAUCCUGAAUUUGCGCUGUACUUAUAUAUUUAGCACAUGCAAAUUUGUUUCUGUGGGCUAAUAACCACAUGCCUCUGGAUCCAAGGAAACAGCUGCUUUCAGUGUUGACACCUGAUCAUAGUAUGAUUAGCCAGACUAAAUUGAUGCUUGGUGAAAACUGAAGUGAUUAGGAGCCUGAGGUGGAGAAGUUUUAGCAGAUUGAAUUGCUGGUGAUGAUUUAUUUCACUGUCUAAAGCUGAUGAUGUAUUUGGGGGGGGGUGAGAGGGGAACCAAGAAUGGCUCUGCCUGGUUCAGGAUCCUGCUUUUUCUUUUUCUUUUUCAUUGAUUUAUUAAUGAACAAAAGUUCAAACGUAACAAAAAUACAACAAGAAAAAGAACCAAAGAUUUAAACCGUAAAACGUCACAGCCCAGAAGGGCAAAAGUACCAAAGAUCUAGCGCAGCUCCAAAGGGAUACUAAAGUAUUAACUCAUACAAAGAUUCCCUUUACAAAUAAUAAAGAGCCAUACAAAAUAAAAGUUUUCUCCACCUGUGAGUUCCUCACUUAUUGAGAAUAAAUAUUCUACAUAGUCUUAAACGAGCCAGCCAUUUUCAUAUGCUGAUGGCACUGAACGGCGACCUGAUUCCAUGAAAAAACAAAACCACCCCAUAUAUUGAAAAAUUGUCAUUUGAGCUCUGCCCUUUAGAUCAUAGAAUUGUAGAGUUGGAAGGGACCACGAGGAUGAUCUUGUCCAACCCCCUGCAAUAUAGGAAUCCUUUGCCCAGAGUGGGGCUCAAACCCACAGCCCUGAAAUUAAGAGUCUCAUGCUCUUCCGCCUGAGCUACCCACUGGGGUACUUUUAGUUUACGAGACAUCCGGAAAAUAUUUCUUGUCAAGAUCCUGCUUUUUUGCUCUUCCUUGCAGAUUCCACCUGGCGGCCUCCAAGGGCCUCACGGAAUGCCUCACCAUCCUGCUCUCUCAUGGGGCUGAUGUUAAUGAUAAGAAUGACGAUGGUAGGUGUCAUAGGGGGAGCGAUUCUGUAACAGGGGAGCGAGUGUGCUUACCGCCCUCCCACAAGAUAAAAACCCAAGCAAUCUCAUCUUCUUGAGAACGUCGUUGGAUAAGAAGUGGGAUAUAGUUGUUCCAAAAUCAUGUUGCUUUUCAAUCCGUUUUGAUGUUUCUUUACAGGGCUCUCAAUGGCUACCAGCCGCAGUGGGAAUGCUCUGGGCUCUGCAGUCAGAGGCAGAAAAGCUUCUGAACUCUAGUUGCAGGGAACCAGGAAGGGAGAGGGCUCUUGUGCACUCUGGAGAGGGUGGUUGGCCACUGUGAGAACAGGAUCCUGGAUAAUAAUAAUAAUAAUAAUAAUAAUAAUAAUAAUUUAUUAUUUAUACCCCGCCCAUCUGGCUGGGUUUCCCCAGCAACUCUGGGCAGCUUCCAACAAAACACUAAAAUACAAUAACCUAUUAAACAUUAAAAGCUUCCCUAAACAGGGCUGCCUUCAGAUGUCUUCUAAAAGUUUGUGUCACUGGCCUUAGAAACGGACUGUCUGUUCAGCCUCUCAGCCAGGGAAGGGGAGUUUGGCUUGGUCAGGAGGACUCCCUGGUCCUGAAUGGGGUAACUGUGCCCCUGAAGGACCAGGUGCGCAGCCUGGGAGUCAUUUUGGACUCACAGCUGUCCAUGGAGGCACAGUUCUGUAUCCAGGGCAGCUGUCUACCAGCUCCAUCAGGUACGCAGGCUGAGACCCUACCUGCCCGCGGACUGUCUCGCCAGAGUGUUGCAUGCUUUAGUUAUCUCCCGCUUGGACUACUGCAAUGUGCUCUACGUGGGGCUACCUUUGAAGGUGACCUGGAAACUACACCUAAUCCAGAAUGCAUCAGCUAGACUGGUCACUGGGAGUGGCCGCCGAGAUCAUAUAACACCGGUCCUGAAAGACCUACAUUGGCUCCCAGUACGUUUCCGAGCACAAUUCAAAGUGUUGGUGUUGACCUUUAAAGCCCUAAACGGCCUUGGUCCUGUAUACCUGAAGGAGUGUCUCCACCCGCAUCGCUCUGCCUGGACACUGAGGUACAGCACCGAGGGCCUUCUGGCGGUUCCCUCAAUGCGAGAAGCAAAGCUACAGGGAACCAGUCAGAAGGCCUUCUCGAUAGUGGCUCCUACCCUGUGGAAUGCCCUCCCAUCAGAUGUCAAAGACAUAAACAACUACCUGACAUUUAGAAGACAUCUGAAGGCAGCCCUGUUCAGGGAAGUUUUUAAUGUGUGACAUUUUAAUGUAUUUUUAAUCUUUGUUGGAAGCCGCCGAGAGUGGCUGGGGAAACCCAGCCAGAUGGGCGGGGUACAAAUAAUAAAUUACUAUUACUAUUACUAUUGGUGGGUCUGGGAGUGCCCAGCAAAGUGGAGAGUGGCUGUCACCAAGCACCCUCCUUUGCUGCCUUUGAUUCAAUCCACAAGUAAGCGCCAAGUGCUUUUGAAGCAUCAAGGGCAGAGUUACCACUUUGUUUCUGAAUCUGCUCCAGCAGAGUCUCAACAACGGCACACCCAGCCUCCCCUGGAAGAAAAGGCCCGGCUCUUCCCUUUCCGCCACCGUUUGUCAUAUUUUGACUUCUCUUUCCUUCUGUCUUUCUAGGCAGCACAGCCCUGCAUUUGUCCACCAUCGCUUGCCAGCCUCAGUGCGUGAAGGUGCUUCUGCAGGUAAAUAGGACAUCCGCGUUUACAUCUUCGCGCGGCACGUAGAUAAACUGUGGAACUUUUAAAACUUGGGUGGUUUUUCUGAAAAUAAGUGGUUUCCAGCUGCACAGGUUAGUUAUGGAAAUUUGAUAUUAAAAGGGCAAACUUUAAAGUUAUAUGAUAUUAAGAUUAAGGACUAGGUUUAAAAAAAUUGAAGUUAUAUAUUUUAACAAUUUAUUAAAUUAAAGAUUGGGAUUAAAAAAAGUGGAAAAGAAAUUGCUGAACAAACAAUGUGGAUUGGAAUACAAAGGAGGGAGGUUUGAGGAAGUCUAGAAAAUAAGUCAUGUAAAAUCGGAAAUGGAAAAGAGAGUUUGUUUUUAAUUGUUGUGUUUUGUGUUUUUAUUGUUAAGUUUUGUAUUAUUUUUAUGUGAGUUUUUCUGUUUUUUUUUCUUUUUUCUGUUAUGUUGUUUUAAACUUAAUAAAAAUUAUUAAAAAAAACAAAAAACUUGGGUGGUUUUAAAAGAGGAUUGGACAAAUUCAAGUCUAUGGGUGGCUACUAGCCAGGAUGGAUGUGGUCUGCCUCCAUGUUCUGGAGCAUAAAUGCUUCUGAAUGGCAGUUGCUGGGAGCCACAGGAGGGGAGAGGGCUCUUGUGUUCGGAUCCUGCUCGCGGGCUUCCCACAGGCAUCUGGUUGGUCGCUGUGAGAACAACAUGCUGGGCUAGAUGAGCCAUUGGCCUGAUCCAGCAGGCUCUUCUUAUGGUCCUAUGUUCCUUUCUAUCAGGGGUAACAAGGAUUUAAUGUCAAGGUAGGUUUUAAUCUUGAAUGUGUUUUUUGUGCCAGUGGUUCAGCCUUGAAACAUGGGAGGUGCAAAGAAGAGAGUCUGCCUGGGGGUGUGCAGAGGGAGCUUUCAGCUUGGUGGCGGUGACAAGCUGUGCAGGCCUAAAGGGCUGGCCUGAGGUUUUUUUUGCUGCCUGAGAUUUUUGCCCCCCGCAACCCCAUGUCUUACCUUGUGCUGAACCGUAUAAAAAGAGCACAUGAAGAACAGUGUAACCUUGUGCAGGUAUACUUUGAAGUAAGCCCCAAUGAAUCCAGCAGGACUUACUCCCAGGUAAGCCGGCAUAUAUAAAAAGCAUUAUUCAGAAUAGCAGUUCCUACAACCCACCAAGGAAGAUCAUAACACAAUGAAAUGCAAAACGGUAGCAAUUAAUUGCAAUUUGAUUCAAAAUCCAUUUAAAACUAUUUAGUUUAAUUAGUUCAACCAGAUAAAUCAACUUGAUCCCUGACACCACUUUUCAAAGUCUGGGGUUAUUUACACCUCCAGAAGCUGAGGCCACUUCCUUGCCUCUUAGUGCCUUCCCCUCACAGGUAAUCCCACAGAGCGUGCUACCACCCACUUUGGAGAACCACUGCUGUAAAUGAUCAAGAGCGGCUCAGUCUAUAGAAGGUUAAGUGUGAAAGCACAAGUGUGAGGGUCUUUAGAGAGGAGGCCGCAGCUGCAUCAACCCACCUUCAGUCCUCCUCCUGUGAGCUUAAGCCAUGGUCCAAACCUGGGCCUGUGGUUUGGUUAUGAGACAAACCAUAAGGCCCCAGAAAACACGGCUCCCAGCAGGGUGACAUCAGGAAGACCAGAGAAGUAAUGGAGCCACAGUUUCUUCUCUGGGACAUUCACACAUUUGCACUGUGUUUAGGGUCACAUGCAAACCAGGUCCAUGUCUGCCCUUAAUAAUAAGACCUAAAAUUUUCUAAGAGUUGUACGAUUUCUUAAAAAAACAGCAGAACAGGCCCUGCUGAUGGGAGGCCAGAAGGCUCUCAUUGCGUUUCCUGAAAUAAUAAUGGUACAUUUUAGCAGGUCCCAGGGCUGGUUUCAACCAUUUAAAAUUUAUAAUUAGAAACAGUUAAAACAGAUUACAAUCUGGGUGGGUGGGUCCUCAAAACACGCAUCUCAAGUGCCAAAACCCAGGCUUUUCAGCAUUUGCCGAAAGCUGUACCAUGAAGGUGCCAGGCACAGCUCCGUGACAAGGAAGGUGGAGAAGGGGCCACCACAAAGAAGGCCUCUCCUGGGCCAACACCCCAUAGCCUCAAACUUCUGAGGGGGGUGGAUAAAUAAAUUUGUUUUUAUUUGUUAUUAAAUAUUAAAUCCCUGAGCCUGAAAGGCCUGUAAUCAAACAAGCCUUGCAGUAAAGGGAAGGAAAAUAGAUGGAAGGAAGAGGCAAACUUUUUAUAUCUGUCACUGAGGAAUUGUGGUCUCUGUCCCCUGAUUGUCAUCUGUCUGUGUGCCCCAAGCUGUCACCGCUGUUUUAAAUAAAGCUCUUUGUUUUAUAAUACUCCUGCCUGAUCUUUAACCAUAAUCAACACCACUUGAAAACAGCCGCCCUCGCAGUGAUGGAAUAAUUUAUGGGCCUAAUCGUUUCCCUGUGAUUCUGCAAGGCACACCUGGGAGGCAGUUUCAACACGGAGGCAAAGGGGAAAAUGAAGAGCUGGGUGGGGUGUGAAAUCUUGGGUUGAGAAUCAUUACAGCAAAAGGGAGAAAAGGGUGUGUUGAUGUGAAGAUCAGGAAAGCAGAGAGAUUCCUGCUUGGCGGCUUAUCAUCCUUUGAGGAGCCUCCGGGUCAUAGAGGCCCAGGUACCCGUCUCUGUGCCAGCGAUGCCUCUCUAAAGAGCACCUUGGGGAGAGCAACAGAGUCGCUGAUUAAGCGUUUUCUUCUUGAAGCCAGACAUAAUUCCUGCUGUUCCUAGAUAUUGGGGGGGUGGGGGAGAAGGUGGAAACCUUUGGCACUAGGAUGUGUCCAUAAAUCAAAAUCUGCUUCAAAGCAUGCAGAGCAUGUACGAUGUGCUUGUUGUUUCCUGCAAUGAGGUGGAUGCUGCGUCCUACAACCUGGACCAUCAGAUUAUUCUAUGGAAAUAUAUUUUGCAUCUCAGAUGCUGAGGCUGGCAGAGGAGGCCCUUUUCGUGGUUCCUCUGCCCUCCGGGAGCCUCAGGGUGGUGGUGUUGGCCAGGGAGAGGGCCUUCUCUGUGAUGGCCCCUGAGCUGUGGAACUCCCUCCCCAUGAGGAUUUAAAAGCACUAGACGACCCUUUGGAUCCCUUCCACAACUCUACAAUUCGAUGAUGAUGAUGAUAAUUUAUUAUUUAUGCCCCGCCCAUCUGGCUGGGUUUCCCCAGCCACUCUGGCGGCUUCCAACAAAAUAUUAAAAUACAGUAAUGCAUCAAACAUUAAAAGCUUCCCUAAACAGGUCUGCCUUCAGAUGUCUUCUAAAAGUCUGGUAGUUGUCGUUCUAUUUGAUAUCUGGUGGGAGGGUGUUCCACAGGAUGGGCGCCACUACCGAGAACGCCCUCUGCCUGGUUCCCUGUACCUUGGCUUCUCACAGUGAGGGAACCGCCAGAAGGCCCUCGGCGCUGGACCUCAGUGUCCGGGUAGAACGAUGGAGGUGGAGACGCUCCUUCAGAUUUUACUAUGAUUUUACUGAAUUGGUUUGUGACACUGCUGUUUGGGGGCGGGGGGUGCUGCUACUCUGAGCCUUCAGGGUGUGGCAAGUUAGCAAUGCCAAUGAAAUGCAAUUAAAAAAAAACUUCUUUCUUGCAGCAUGGAGCCAAUGAAGACUGUGUAGAUGGGGAGAACCGGACACCACUACAUUGGGCGGGUGAGUCCUUAAAUGAUUCAAAUUAGGUGGAGGUCACCUAGGGGAGUAGCAUUUGAAUCAAUAAUAAAAUCCUUGAGCCAGACCCCAAAGGAAACCUGGGAUCCUUCUCAGCAUGGGAGACUUCCUGUGCUAAAGUUGAUCUUCCUCCCACCUGCCUGGAGCAUCAAAUAACAGCUCAGGCUUCCUCAGCCUCGGCCCUCCGGAUGUUUUUGGCCUACAACUCCCAUGAUCCCUAGCUAGCAGGACCAGUGGUCAGGGAUGAUGGGAAUUGUAGUCUCAAAACAUCUGGAGGGCGGAGGUUGAGGAAGCCUGGUUCAACUCUUUGGGGCACAGGUAUCCUUUAAACUUUUGCCAACAUGUAGUGAAGCACUUGCUUCAGGCUAAAUUAAAACACAUCAGUGGACUUCCCCAGACUUUUGCCCACUCUUUCCAGGCAGUCUGUGCUUUAAAGAUCUGUUUCUGAGCACCGGUUGGUUUUUUUGUGCUCUGGAGCUUUCCCCAUGAAAACCCACUCUUUGAAGCUCCGUCAGAGCAAGCAGCAAUCCACAGAAAAUCUGAAUAGCCAUUUGCUCCAAUUCAGCUUUAAAGAGCGGGACUAGCUCUGCGAGAAAACAAAGCAAAAACCAGAGACACAGAGCUUUAAUGUGUGGACCUCUGCCUGGAAAGAGCAAGGCAAAAGGUAGAUGUGAAUAAGCCCAAUGUCUGAGUACACUUCCCUAAACAAAAAUAUUUUCAGUGGGCACUGAAAAGAGUACACUGAAGGUGAAUGCCCGAUGUCAACAGGCAGGGAGCUCCAAAGUGCGGGUGCUGCCAUGCUAAAAGACCAAUUUCUUACAAAUGUGGGAUGGGUACUAUGUGGCACCUGUAGCAGCGGCAGUUCCACAGAUCGAAGUGGUCUAGUGGGAUAAGCUGAUCCUGCAAGUAAACUGGCCCCAAGCUGUUAAGCAUCUUAUAUGCUAAUAGUAACAUCUUGAACUUGGCCCAGUAAUAAAUCUGCAGCCAAUGCAGCUCUCUGAUCAGGAGUUCUGCAUGCAGACAGCGUCUUGCAACCAAGCUGCAGCAUUCUGCACUGACCGCUGCUUCUGGGUCAAGCACGAGGGAAGCCCCACAUAAAGCGCAUUGCAGCCAUCCAAUCUUAAAAGUCACCAGUGCCAAAUCUAAAGAAAUAGGCAUUUCUCAGAUUUUUAAAACAAGUAUGAUGCAUUGUUUAUAGUAUGGAGAGUGCUAGCUGGCCAGGGAUAAAACUGCUAUCGAAAUAUGUAUGUUAUUUGCAUGUAUAUAUUAUUAUGCGUAUGGUAUAAAAAGCCCUGACUUUUAACCUUUGCUUUCUUCCACUUUUAAAAAUCGCCCCUGCUAACAGCCAUCUCCGGGUGUGCUUCCAGCGUGUUGCUCCUGUGUGAUCAAGAGGCCUUCCUGGACGUCAUGGACAAUGUACGUCUGAACAGACCUCUGCUUGGUAUAUCAAAAUAAAAUCUGGGGGCAAUGGAUCCAUGGUAGUAUCAGACUUGGUGCAGCUGACUAUGAGUCAUAGUUAGGAAUUUAAUGAAGGGGGGGGGACACUCAAGAGAAGUCUCUCCUGCCCUUUUCCUUGUCCAGCUGCAACACAACAGCCCUGCAGUGCUACGAAAGUUGCUGCUGGUCCUUCUACCCACUGAGGGCUAGAAUCUUGACAUCUGUUAUGGAGCUUAUUGGGCCAGUGUGAAUUACAAGUGCUGUUGAUAGUUUCUUGGGGGGGGGUCUUCCAGAACCAGCUGCCCCUCUCUCAAACAGCUGGAAGUUAUACUGUAUAGUUAUAGCUAUUACUAUUCUUAAUUUUAAAUGCCUUCUCACCACAAAGCAAGAUUCCAAGCAUCUCCUUUCUUUUCUCCACGCUUUUCCUCCAGAAUGGACGGACGCCUUUGAUGAUCGCUGCCCAGGGGAACCAGCCUGCUAUCUGCUCCCAAUUGCUGCAGAGAGGGGCCAAGGUUGACCUCAUUGAUAAAGAUGGAAAGUGAGUCUCUGGAGUCUUUGACACAGGGCAUCUCCUGGGGAUUAGCUGUGCUUCUUAUGGGACAUCAGCUGGAUGUCAUGAACAGCACAACAGCAAAUCUCCUGUUCAACCUUCAUUCCUCCCAUCCCCAGGAGUUCAGAAAGUCCCACUUUUUAAAAACUCAGUGAAACAGCUGUAUCAUCCCACCAGGUGCAGCUAACCUGUUGCAUAGCUAUUCUGGCUGGGUUAUGGCCUGCAUAGAUUGCUCUUGCCUUCCCUGUGGUCCAUCCCUUGUCUCUAGGUGCGAACUCUAUCACUUUAACCCUUAUAUCUCCAAACAGCAUUGCUUUUAUAUCUCUCCCCCUCCCCCACUCCCCCAAAUUGCAGCAGAUGGGGGGGUCAAGAUCAUGAGCGCAGUGGGUGGGGUAUUAACCCUUUCCCCCUCCACACACUCACUGGUCUGAUUCAGCUCCUGCUAAUGAUCUCCUGAAGAACCCAGCUGAAAUAUCUCUGUUGCCUUUCCUCCUGUGAGGAGGCUAUUUAUUUUUAUUUCCGGCAUGCCUGUUGCACCUUCUUUGCUCCAAGGGGCUCAAGGUGGCAUGCAGCAUCAUCCCCCCCCCCGCCCCGGUUUAUCCUCACAACAACCUUGUGAGGUAGGUUAGCCUGAGGAGCAGUGACUGAGUGCAAGGUCAGACCCAGUGAGCUUCAUGGCCGAGUUGGGAUUUGAACCCUGGUCUCUCCCAGGCCUUACUUCUUCACUCUAACCACUACACCACACUACCUAUCUUUCUCUCCUCUGCUCCUGCACAGGACGGCUCUCAUCCUUGCUUGUGAAAGUGGAAGCACCGAGUCAGCUGAGCUGCUUCUGCAGAAUGAGGCCAAUGUGACGCUUCUUGACAAGACAGGCCACGACUCCCUCUACUACGCCAUGCAGGCCAAGAAUCGCAAGCUGAGGCGGCUGGUCCGGACUGCCCUGAAGAAGUGGAAGAAAAAAGGUAAGGGAGCGGUUGGCUGGCCAGUGUCCUGGCUUCUCAGACUCUCAGCUGGGUCAUUGCCAAAGACUCGGUUCCAAAAUCACUAUAAUGCCCAGACAUAGAUGGUGCAGGUUCUAUUUAUUUAGAUGGUUCUCCCCAUCCUCAUUUAAUCCACAGAACAACCCUGCGAGGUAGGUUAGGCUGAGGGACAGUGACUGACCCCAAGUGUCGCCCAGCAAGCUUCAUGGCCAAGUUGGGGGGGGGGACUUGAACCCUGGUCUGUCCUGGGCCUUAGCCCUUAUUUAAUUCCGACAACAACCCUGUCAGGUAAGUCAGGCUGAGAGGCAGCAACUGGCCUGAGGUCACCCAAUGAGCUUCGUGGCCGAGUGGGAAUUUGAACUCAGGUCUCCCAAGUCCUAGUCUCUAACCACCACACCAUGCUGGUGGCAAAGUUCAGAGCAGAGUUCUAAGGCAUAUGGCUAAGUGCAAACUAAGACAUUCGCCCAAUGCUUGAUAUGCACUCCACCCCGAGUACCCUUUUUGAACAGCGGAGCAGGUACAGUCAUUUGCCUAGGGAGGUCAUCCCUACGCAUGUGAUUGGGCAGGAAAGCGGGCACUCCUGGAAGGAGACUACCGUAUUUUUCGUUCUAUAGGACGCACCGGCCCAUAGGACGCACCUCGUUUUUGGGGGGGGGGAAAUGAAUAAAAAAAAUUAUUCCCCCCCCCAGCUGCCGCCCCAAGCCUCGCGUGCUUCGGGCUGCAGGCUACCGCCCCAAGCCUCGCGCGCUCGGCGGGACCUCCUGCCGGGCGCGCAAGGCUUGCAGACACUCGCCCGAAACACGGGGAGCCCUCCGGAGGGCUCCCCGUGCUUCGGGCGACAGGCUGCAGCCCCAAGCCUCGCGCGCUCGGCGGGACCUCCUGCAGGGCGCGCAAGGCUUGCGGACACUCGCCGGGGCUGCAGGCUGCUGCCUGCAAGCCUUGUGAGCCCGCGGGAACUCCCACCGGGCUUGCAAGGCUUGCGGAUAGCUUCCUGAAGCCUGGAGAGCGAGAGGGGUCGGUGCGCACCGAUGCCUCUCGCUCUCCAGGCUUCAGCGAAAGCCUGCAUUCGCUCCAUAGGACGCACACACAUUUCCCCUUCAUUUUUGGAGGGGAAAAAGUGCGUCCUAUGGAGCGAAAAAUACGGUAGAUCUCCUUGCACGGGUACAACUGUCGCCAUGUUCUAUUGCCACCUAUCUAUCUCAUGUGGCCUUGGACACAAGAGCUUUCCUGGUGGGACAUGGUGUCAGAAUCACAUCAGGAGGGUCUGCCAACACAUUCGGGGCAUCCAAAGACCCUGAGGCAGGACCUUCUCUGGACAACCCAAUCGCCCCCUGCCCAGCGUCCGGAUCUACACCUCCCAAGCUCCUGGGCCUCUCCCCAGGGUGUUCCAAGGCUGGUCCAAAACAUGUUGCUUCUUAACCAGUGGACAAUAUGGCGUCUCUUGUUAUGUACUGAAGCCAGUCAGACAAGUGUUUGGAUCUUCAUUCAACACGGGUGACAGGACAGCUUCUUCCACUAUUCCUGAGGGUAGCAAGGGUUCCUUAGGGUACAGCUAGGGAGAUUCAGGUCAGUUCAGUCCGGCAAGGGUCUCAGUUUGACUUGUGAGGUCAUUUACCACAAACCACACCCACGUGCCCCACACCUGAUGUCCCGUGUGAUGUCAGGUGUGUGGCAGGUAUGGGUGUGGCCACAAAGGAACAGCCAGGAACUUAGAGUGAGCCCUGGAAUGUUCAUUUGCAAGUGGGAUCAGGUGCGCUAAUCCUGUUUUCUAUGGGUGAGGAAGCACCAAUAUCUAUUUUGUUUGCAAAAUGACGAGUAGAGCAUAAGUGGAGGAAAACAGGCACUCACUGUAGUCAGCAAAACCACAUUUCUUUUUUCUUUUUUAUCUUGUAUACAAUUUUAUUAAGUUUUCUGUUUUACAAUUUAAAAUACUCAUUAUACAUCCUUAAGAUAUCAAUGACUUCCCUUCUCCUCUGUUUUACAAAAACUAUACCAUUCAGUAUUCCAUUAUUGCAUCCAUCAAAACUUGUUUACACUAUUGAAUUUAUCUUAAUGCUGCCAGUGUUUUCAGCUGUACACAAUUAUAGCAAAACCACAUUUCUAGCACCACGCUCUCCACAAAAGGCCCUUCACCCCAAAUGGCUUUGUGUGAUCACAGAAGGGGUGGGGCCCCUAAGGCUCAAAGCAGGGGGCGCAUCUAGGCCUCUCUAUCUGACCUAUAGGACUCUGCAUCCCUCAGCGGCCUUGCUUCAGACUGCAUUUCUGUCUGGCAGGAAUUUAUUGUUAAAUUCUAGUAAAACGUACCGUAUCUUACUUAACUGGAUGGAGGAUAGAGGGUGGGGGUGUACAAACCAACCUACUGUACAAAGGUAAAAGGCACAUUCAUUAUUCUGCCAAUUCUGGCAUGUGGCCCUCAGAAGGCUGCUCAGAAGAGAAUGUGGCCCUUUGGGUCAAAGAAGUUCCCCAACCCUGACCUUGACCACUCAUUCACAAUGAUCAAGGUGGUCCAACUCACACAACCAGAAGCAUUAGUUGUAAUGUGGUUAACUGUCUAAGAGCAAUAACCUUUUUUACUCAUUCCGCUUUCUUGUUGCUUACCAGUAUCUGAGUCCUAUCUUGUGACCUGGAUAGAAGGAAUUCAGGGCAGAGGUAGGCAAACAAAGUGCUUUGGGGAUAUGCGCUUCCAGAAUAUCAUUCCGCUCAAAUCCUUUUUUUCUCAACUUCCACAGAACUAGGAUGCGAUUAUUCAUCAGAGACUGGUUCACAGGUAAGAAGGGGAUGCUUAUUUGUUUAAUAAACUUUUUCCUGGAAACUGCUGGAGCUGCCCUUGAAGAUGUCUUGGAAACUUCAACUGGUCCAAAACUUUAGUUGCAUUAUUGGCCAGUGUGCUAUUUAGAUCUCCUAUAACCCGUUUUAAAAAUCUGGUUGCCAGUUUGAUUCCAAGCCCUGUUCAAGGUGGUUACGUUAGUGUUUAAAGCCCUAAAUGACACAGGUCCCAAAUACCUGAAAAAGAGCCUUUUCUCCUGCAGAACCUAUCAGGUCUUAAGACUGACAGAGGGAGCUGUCUUGGUUGUUCUACCACCCUCAAAAGCUUGGGGUAGUGGCAGCCUGGGAGAGGGCCUCCUCUGUGAUAGCCCCUACAUUGUAGAACUCCCCCCGCCCCAAGGUGUGCCUGGCACUUUCAUUAUACAGCUUUCAUCGAAUACUUAAGACAUAUCUCUUUACCCUGGCCUUUGACACUUGAAAUGUAUAUUUUUUGAACCCACAUUUUUUUCUGCAGUUGUUUUAAACUGUUUUUAAUAUUGUGUUUUAAUUGCUGGAACCCACCCUAGGAGUUUAGAGUGAAAGGCCAGUUGAUAUUAUUAUUAUUAUUAUUAUUAUUAUUAUUAUCAUUAUUAUUAUUAUUAUUAUUGGCCAUCUGUCAUGGAUGCUUUAGUUGAGAUUCCUGCAUUGCAUGGCAUUAACUAGAUGUCCCUUGGGGUUCCUUCCAACUCUACAAUUGUAUGAUUCUAUGAAUGCCUCUUGCUUGUCUGGGUGGAGAAUACAAACUAGCCACCUGUACAAAGGUAAAAUUCACCUUAAUUUAUCUGCUCAGUUGUGUCUUUGGCCUCACCGACCACUGGCUGGUGAUUUCAGUACCACAGACAGCUUCUUCCUGGGGGCACAUCUCUGAGGAAGGAGCUGUCCAUGGUACUGAAACCAGCACCCCCUGCCUUGCAGCCAUGUGUACCUGUUGCAGAUGGGUCAAAACCUUCUGCCUCUCAGUUAGCUCAUGCAUUGGUUUGGGUUGUGCCUCCAGGUUCCAUCUGAGAGCGGGAGAGAGACUGAUGUGAGUAGCCUGAACCUCCAGAGUGAAGUCGGGGACCAAAGCGAUGAAGAAGAAGAGGAGGAUCCUGAGUUGAAGGAGUGGAGGAGCAGGUACCGAGACGAGAAGAUGAAAGUAAUCCAGCUGGAACUGCAGUUGGACCAGAAGAGGAAAGAAUGCGACACCCUCCUGGAAGGGUGCAAAGUGACAAAGGAGAGGGUCUGGGACCAGGUGCAGGAGAUCAACCAGCUCCUUCCUGAGGGGGGCGGAGGGAGCCAGGGCUGUGAGGAGCUGAGCCAACGCUACAGCCGCGAUGCCACAGAAGAAGAUUAUUACCUCAACCUCUUGGCCGCGCAAGUGCAAGAGCUGAAGAAGAGGAGGAAGCAGCAGCAGGAGGAGGAGGAGAAGCUUCAGAAAGAGCAAGCCAAAAUGGCGGUCGUGCAAGAAGCAGGAAAAGAGGAGCCGAAGGCCCCUGUGGCCCAGGAGGAGAAAGUCCUGUGGCCUGGCGAGGAGGAGGCCGAAGAAGGGAAACGCCGCGAUGAGGAGCUGAAGCGCCUUCGGGACGAAGUUGCGGCAGCCCUCGAGGAAAAAGAGAGUGCCGCAAGGAGGGUGCAGGAGAUGGAGGGCCACAUGGAGAACAUGAGGGCCGUGAUCAGCGUCUACGAGGGAAAGAAGAAGGCCCAGAGCGGGACGCUGAAGGAGAUGGAGGCCCGUACGCUGGAGCUGGAGGGUGAGAACCAGCAGUUGCGUGGGCUGCUGGCAAAGCACCUGGGAGAGUGUGAGAAGGUGGGGAAGCAAGAGGGUGGGCUCCCCGCUGGGGAGAAGAUGUCCCAGUUCCUCACAGAAAUGGAGGAAGAAUAUGCCAGAGUGCAGAGGGAGAAUGCUGAGGUGGCUUUUGAGAACGAGGCCCUGAAGUGGGAGGCAGAGGAGGCCCUCAGGAGCAAGCUGCAGUACCAAGCGGUGCCAUCGGGGACGGUCAAGAGGAGCGUGUCCGCCUGGAAGAAGAUUGUGGUGGGUCUGGAAGGAGCCCUGGCUAAGUUGGAGCAGGUGAACUUUGCUCUCCUGGAGAAAGCCAGGCCUCUCCGGGAAGCCAUCUUGGCCUCUGGGUCGAGAGUUGUGGCCAACAGGAACGGGUAUCACAGAGAAGAAGAGAAUGGUAUCAUGGACGAUGAGGAGAAGCUGCCUGUGGGUGAUGCCAAAGCCCCUGAGGAACUGCGAAAAGCCGGGAAAGACAAGAGCCAGCUCCCUGAGGGCUCUUCCGGGCAGGUCAAGCUCAGGCCGAAGCCUGAGGUGGCAGAAAACAAGGCCCGCCCCUGCCGGAAGAGCUCUGACUUGGAGAAGGAGGUGUGGGACCUCAAGCAGAACAAUGGCAGCCUCGUGAAGGAGCUGGCAGAGCUGAGCAGGGAGAGAGAGAAGCUCCAGGAGCAGCUGAGGACUUUGUGUUCUCCGAAAGAUGGACCCGCCGAGGCAGAGGCACCAGGGAGCUUGGUGGAAGAACUGAAGCAGACGGUGGACUCUCUGAACCAGCAGCUCUCGGCCGAGAGUGAGGAAUCGAGGAAGCUGCGCCUGAGGCUGGAGGCCCAGAGGAAGGAGAUGGUAUCCGUGAGGGACACCUUCCUGAGGCAAAUGUCCAAAGAAGCCGGCCACUUGAGGCCAGAGAAUCUCGACAGCUGCAUCUUGAAGGAGCUGCACUGGAAGCUGGACAAUGUGGUGAAGAAGCAGAAUGAGGCCUUGCAGCUGGUGUCCGAGAUGGAGGAGGAGAGCCAUGCCCUCGAGGUGGACCGCAGCCUCCUUGCCAACCACAACGGCCUUGAUUCGUCCGUGGUGGAGGACAAGGCCUGGCGGGAAGGCUCCUCCGAGGCCUCAGAUGCCAUCGGAGACAACCUGAAGGUCAGGCAGCGGAUGAGCGAGCUGGAGGAAGGCCUGCAAGAGCUGAAAGGGGUGUUAGAAGCCGUCCAGGUCUCCCUGGGAGGAAGAGGCAAGGAGGCCGCCCGGCUGAAGGAGGUGCUCGAUCGCCUCGCCGCCAAGAUGGCCGAACUGCGCCAGGAGGAAGAGGAGGCCCUCAGGAAGCAUGAGAAAGUCCGUGGCAUGCUGUCUGUCAGAGCGCAAGCCCUGGGAGAGGAGCUGGCCGCCCUUCGGGAGAAAUACGAGGAAGAGAGCGGGGAGUGCUCCCGCCUCAAGGAAGACCUUGCUUCCGAAAGGCAGAAGAAUGAGGAGCUCAUCGCUGAGGCUGUUGAGCAUGAGGAGGAGGUGGAGGAGCUGAGAGGGAAGUCCCAGAUGAUGGAAAGUGCAAUGGAGAAGAUGAAUAGAAAGAUGGAAGAGAUGGCCAGGACCUGCCAGGACAGAGAAGGGAAGGUAGGAGGGGAAAUUUUGAGGGCUGGGGCGGCUAACCCCUUUUGGCCUUAUGCCUUUAUUACUUGUGUCCAAAAGGGCUCCCAAUGUGGCUAAUGUAGAAUCAGUUAAAGCAAGGCAGUCCCUGCUCACGACAUGCAAGGGGAAGGGACAGGGAGGGAAGAGGGGGGAAAUCCAAUCUCAGCCACCAGUUCUUGUUUAUUUAUGGAGAUACGUAAAUAACGUUAUGUCACAAAAAUAUAUCAAAGCCCAGAUUCUGAAAGAGCUGUUCCUAUAAUGACUGUCUAGCCCAGUUCAAGGGUAUGAGGUGCCCGAUAACAGCUGAGUUGUUAUGCUUUUAAGAAUGAAUGUAAUAUGUGAGAAUUUGUCAUAUUUUUAGCGGAACCAGUAAAUUUGUCAAGAUCAAAGGAGCAAGAGGGGGAUUAGAAAAGAUCUGUGCAAUAACUUCACUGGAACCCCUGGCAUCACUGGGCCUGUCUGAAUUGCAAGGGCCAUCUUGGGGGAACAGGGAACAAAUAUUAUUGUUAGCAUUAUUAGAAAUAUACCAUUUACUUUGACCAGUCUGCACCAGUGACCCUGUUGGUAAGGACAUAGAAUCAUAGAACUAUAGAGUUGGAAGGGAUCCAAGGGUCAUCUAGUCCAACCCACCUUACAAUGUUAUUACCCCAUCCUAUAGAUGGGAAGAUAGGGACACGGGUGGCGCUGUGGGUUAAACCACAGAGCCUAGGACUUGCCGAUCAGAAGGUUGGCAGUUCGAAUCCCCAUGAGGGGGUGAGCUCCCGUUGCUCGGUCCCUGCUCCUGCCAACCUAGCAGUUCGAAAGCACGCCAAAGUGCAAGUAGAUAAAUAGGUACCACUCUGACGGGAAGGUAAACGGCGUUUCCGUGUGCUGCUCUGGUUCGCCAGAAGCGGCUUAGUCAUGCUGGCCACAUGACCCGGAAGCUGUACGCCGGCUCCCUCAGCCAAUAAAGCGAGAUGAGCGCUGCAACCCCAGAGUUGGUCACAACUGCACCUAAUGGUCAGGGGUCCCUUUACCUUUACUUUAUAGAUGGGAAGACGUAAGACUGAGGAGUCUGCUCAGGGAUUCCCUGCAAUAGAUUUGACUUGGAUGUCACCUGUUUUGUCAUAUCCCCUCAGAUCAGGAAGUUGCUGAAGGAAACGGAGAAGCUUUCAAGCGAAGUUCUUAAUCUGCGCAGUGAACGUGCCCGACUCCAGCUGCAAAAUGAAGUGAGCCUUGGGGGUCGUCCCCCCCAAAUUAUUUCAGUUUAUAGAGACUGCUUACUAUCUAUCUAUCUAUCUAUCUAUCUAUCUAUCUAUCUAUCUAUCAUGCACUGGAGUAGUGUUGGACUAGGACCUGGGAGACCAGGGUUUGAAUCCCCACUCAGGUAUGAAACUCACUGGGUGACCUUGAGCUGGACAUCACCUCUCAGCCUAACCUACCUCACAUGAUUGUUGUGGGGAUUACAUGAGGACUAGGAGAGACCAAGGUUCAGGUGUGAGUUGAACAGAGAUGGAGACACACUGAGAGGGGGGAAAUGGUAGUUUUAAAUACAGUGAUACCUCGGGAUACAUACACUUCAGGUUACAUACGCUUCAGGUUACAGACUCCGCUAACCCAGAAAUAUUACCUCGGGUUAAGAACUUUGCUUCAGGGUGAGAACAGAAAUCGUGCAGCGGUGGCGCAGUGGCAGCAGGAGUCCCCAUUAGCUAAAGUGGUGCUUCAGGUUAAGAACAGUUUCAGGUUAAGAACGGACCUCCGGAACAAAUUAAGUUCUUAACCAGAGGUACCACUGUAAUGGCAAAGGUUUGAGCAGAGCAAACCGGAGGUUACACUGAGAGGAAUACUGGUGGUUUAAACGAGGAUUGAGUACAGCAAAAAGGGAGUUAAAGGUUUUGCUGUGUUCUACCCACCUCCACUAUUUCUCCUUGUUAAGACUUCCUUCAAAUAAAAUUUAAAAAAAACUAGCCGCAGCCCCUCCAUGUUCUUCCCUUCCCAAUCUAUUCAGACCUCUCCCAUUGUUUUAAACCACCACUUUUCUUCCUCCUCUUUUCUUGCUCCCAUCCCGUGUCCCCUGUUGUUAUUGAUUUAUUACUUUUAUAGUUCACCUUUCUCCCCAAGUAGCUCAAGGUGGCAUACAUGGUUCUCCCCUCAUUUAAUCCCCACGACAACCCUGUCAGGUAGGUUAGGCUGUUGUGUAACCUGCACCUGGAGUCCCCCACUGUUUUUCUGCCAGGAGAAUGUCUGUGGACUUAAUUUCACUGGCUUAUUCACUUGUAUUUCAGGUUGUCCAGAAGAACCACCAAGAGAUUGUGGCCAUCUACAGAACGCAUCUGCUCAACGCAGCCCAAGUAAGCAUUUCAGAGACAUUUUGGUAAUGUUUGUCCCGAAGCCUUGAGUGGAGGAGAUAUUCCUUCCCAGAGUCUGGGAUCAAGAGGUGGACUCCUGGAAACUUUGGGAGGACAGGGGAUGGUGUUCCAGUGGGAAUAGUGAACCUCUGCUUCCCAUGCCAACCCUCCAGCUGUUUUGGAGUCCAACUUCCACCCGUCCCAGCCAUGCUGGGGGCACCAGGUUGGAGAAGGCUGCUGUAUACCAUACAGAGUCAGAAGAACGAGGGCUGGUCUAUGCACACAGCAGACCUUUCUCUACUGAACCCCCUCUCUCAGCAGAUCUGGACUGCAUGUUUCAAAAACUCCCAGAUGGGGAUUAUUUUUUAUUAUUGAAAAAGGCAUAUAGAACUCUGGCAUGUCAGGAAAAGAAAAAUAGGCUAGAAAUGCCCCUCUGUGAUGUCUAGUUUCCUCUAUAUGUGGGGAUGUGCUUGUUUUUGUAAUUUUGGGAGGAGCAUCCGGUCACAUGAUCUCUUGCCAGCAGUAGAGAUAGAAGAGAAGUCCAUAAUGAAUGGCUAAGGUACCUAAUUGACAGUUAUGGAACCAUACAUGAGUACUGUUCCGCUAUCCUUCAAAAUUCACAUUUCUCCAGAUUUUUGGGUGCAGUUUCCCAGUCAAUAGAUAUGUUGCAAACUUUGCAUGUAUCGGGGGAGUGUGUAUAAGGCCACAUAUUUUAAUAGAAAUAACAUACCAAUAAAUCUAUAGAUUUGUACAUUAGUAGAACUUCUAAAUGUUACUUGUAUUAAGAUGAAUAAGGUUUUAAGAUUGGAUUAUUAAGAAUAUAAGGCUCUAGGAACAUGCAUGAAUAAGUUAAUACAAUGGAACCAAGAGGGGGAGUGGAGGGAAGUCAAUUGAGUUAAGAUUUAUGAUCUGAAUUGUCAUAAUUGAUUCAUUUUGUUUUGUUUUUAUACUGUUUUUAUAUUUUAUUUUAUUUUUGAAUUUUGCUUUUUGAAAAUUAAUAAACUGUUAUUAAAAAAGGAAAUAACAUACCAAAAGGCACUUUGCCAUGUCUGCAUUAGGCAAAAUGGCAUAUAGUGUGGUAUAGUGGUUAGAGUGGCAGACUAUUAGGACUUGGGAGACCAGGGUUCAAAUCCCCAUUUGGCCAUGAAGCUCACUGGGUGACCUUGAGCUCAGUCACUGCUCCUCAGCUUAAACUACCUCACAGGGUUGUUGUGAGGAUAAAAUGGAGGGGGGGGGACCAAGUGUGCCACCUGGAGCUCCCUGGAGAAAAAGAUGGACUAAAAAUGCAAGAAAAUAAAUAAAUGCAGAAAAGUAACUAUUGGGAGAAAUUUCAGCUAAGAUGCUGGUGAAUUUUCCCAGGGUCUGAUGUGUGGUGUUUCUCCAAUUCAGGGUUUCAUGGAUGAGGAAGUCCAUGCAAUGCUGCUGCGGAUCCUGAGGACAAACGACGGUUGACUGGCAAAUUUCCAGGCCUCCCACUUUCCCUUCAUGUGAGAUUGUUGUUAUGUAUUUUUUGGGUUGUGAACUGCUCUGUGACCUUUUAAUUCAAUACAAAUUUUAAAAAAUAACAACAACAGUAAUAAUAGUACAGUGGUACCUCGGGUUAAGUUCCAGAGGUCCGUUCUUAACCUGAAACUGUUUUUAUCUAGAGGCGUGCUUUCACUAAUGGGGCCUCUUGCUCAUAGCUGUCAACGUUUCCUUUUUUUAAAGGGAAAUUCCCUUAUUCCAAAUAGGAUUCCUCGCAAGAAAAGGGAAAAGUUGACAGCUAUGCUCUUGCUGCCACUGCGCCGCUGGCACACGGUUUCCAUUCUCAUCCUGGGGCAAAGUUCUCAACUCGAGGUAACUCUUCCAGGUUAGCGGAGUUUGUAACCUGAAGCGUUUGUAACCUGAGGCAUUUGUAACUCAAGGUUCCACUGUAAUAGUAAUAUUCUGAUGGCUUGUAGCAGCCACCAACCAUCAAAGAUCCCAUACCUAGUCAAAAAGUGAGAGAGGGGGAAAGCUAUUUUGCACACCCAAAGAACAUGCUCAGAGCACUCAGAAUACUUUCUGAGCCCAUCUAAAGUUCAUUUCCUUCCCAUGCAGUCAAGCAGAUUUCUUGUUCCAUUGGGUUAGGAAUCGAUCCCAAAAUGAAAAUCGGGACCUCUAAGUAAGUGCUGCCCCCAAGAGGCGAGACAGCUCUGCAGCAAAGCUCAUGAAUCCUAUGCCGAUUGUGCUGAUCCACAAGCCCAAAGUGGCUUGUUACAGGGAUACCAAAGGACGUCAAAAGCACCCUUUAUUAAAGAAAGGUGUCAUCUUAACAACACAACCUGCAAAGCCUCGCAGCCGUUACAGACACGAGUUGGACACCGCAGCAGUGAAAGGUCGUCAUGACUUGUCUGCCAAGCAUUAAUAUGUUAAGCAUUACUUACACACCAAGCGGGUGGCGCUGUGGUCUAAUCCACUGAGCCUCUUGGGCUUGCUUAUCAGAAGGUCGGCGGUUCGAAUCCCCGCAACGGGCUGAGCUCCUGUUGCUCGGUCUCUGCUCCUGCCAGCCUAGCAGUUCGAAAGCAUGAAGUGCAAGUAGAUAAAUAGGUACCACUCCAGCGGGAAGUUAAACGGCGUUUCCAUGCGCUGCUCUGGUUCAUCAGAAGUGGCUUAGUCAUGCUGGCCACAUGACCUGGAAGCUGUAUGCCGGCUCCCUCGGUCAGUAAAGCGAGACGAGCUCCGCAAGCCCAGAGUCAUCAGCGACUGGACCUAAUGGUCGGGGUCCCUUUACCUUUACACACCAAGCAAACUACGUAGGCUGACAUCAGUAAAUGCUCAGAGGCCCCUUCCCAACUCUCUCAUCCGUCUCUCAGAUAAGGGAGUAGCUGACAGGUGGCUCGUAAGAAGCCUCUCCUCUCCCAACUAACUGAACCCAAAUGAAGGCUUCAAAGCAGAUUAACACAUGUGAGCUCAUUCUUGCAGCAACGAACAAUUAGCCCUGGGGUUAUCGUGACUACCAAGAUGGCGUUUUCAGGCGUUCUGUAACAUUUUCAAUGUUUGGUUCUACACAGUGUUCGAAUCAUUUUCUCAUUCCAGGUUUCCAUUCCAUGGCAGAGGCAAAUACCAGGAGGGCAAGAAGAAUCCUGGCCUGUGGUUCCAGCACCUUUCUAGCAUCAAGACACCCGUCCACACACACAAACGCACACACACACCUCUUCCCAGAGGUCAGCUUUGAUUUCCAGAGUUGUCCAAGUGGCAAAUCUGUGCGGCAUGGAGCAAAGAUUCCAUAUCAUGAUGCCCACCCAUGUGCUGUGCUGGGAAUUUUUUUUAUUUUAUUUUUUGGUAAAAUAAUCAUAUCUUCCUCUGUCUCUCCCCACCCCCUGACACUUUUCUUUUUAAAUUAUUAUUGUAGAAUAGGGAAUAUGUGCUGGGCUGGUGAACAGAAAGGAGAGUGAGCAAUGGGGUAAAAGAGAAACUAUAAAGGAAGUGAAUCAAGAAACAGCCCCAUCUUGAAACUGGCUUAUUCCAGGGAGAUGCGCCUUAGCCCCAAGGCAUUUUGGUGUCAGAGAUGGCAAGGUGCCCUCUGCAACCACACGGUGGGCCCCAGUCCAGUAGGGUUUUCCCUCCCUGGGGUCAAGACCCAACAUACAUGGCCAGAUGAAGACCUUUAGAGGCCGCAAGCAAUGAACAGAGCAUGGUGCCCUCUCCCACAUAUUAUUUAAAAUAUUUAAAACCAUGCUAUAAACCAUAAAAAGAAAAUGUUUUUUUAUUUUAAAAAAUCGAUCAAUAUUAGUAGGACACCCCCUGACUCUAGGUAGGGAUAAGAAACAAAAAGAGAGCAGAGAAACUGGGGAAGACAAGUGUAGAGUGGAGGUUAAGGUCACCCAGAGUGUGGAUUUGAACUCAGGUCCUAGUAGUCCAACACUGUAACCUGUGCUAGGCAGGAUAACCUGUGCCUGGAGUCUCUGGCAGAGUGAACAUGAGAGGGAGCCUUAAGCUGGAUCAGGCCAAGGGCCCAUCUAGUCCAGCAUCCUCUUCUCACAGUGGCCGGCACCAGAUCCCUGUGGGAAGCCUGUAAGCUGGAUUUGAGCACAAGAGCAUCUCUCCCCUCUUGGGCUUUCCAGUAAUUGGUAUUCAGAAGCAUUUCUGCCUCUGGCCCUUGGACCACUGUGGCCAGGAGCCAUCAAUCACCCUCUCCUCCAUGAGCUUCGUCUGCCUAUUGGGUGAUCCAGAACUGUCCGCUGUAAUGACCGGGAGUAAUGCUCUUGUGCUACUCGUGUUCAUUUCAGCAAGGCUUACGCAAGAGAAAGCCCCAUUGCGGACUGGGUCCCACGCGCCUCUGAUCUGCCCAUCUCCCCCUCUGCCAUCCAUAGUAGUGCCUCACAUCCACUGUCUGGGGCAGCUGCUUUCCCCUCCUCUGAAGGGAGGGUGGCUUUUAGGUUAAGGGCUGAGCCCUUCUGCGAGGAUCACGGCUGUGACAGUUUGCACAAGAUGCAUCCUUCAGCUCCUGGAAUCAUAAAACGUUGGCAGGUACCCCAAGGCCAUGCACUCUGACCUCUGCCAAGGAUUAUUUGUUUAAUCUCGUUUGGAUCACCUGGAGAGGGUGGUUGCUGCUGCUUCAUCUUAAAAAAGAUCUGUG